GAGGCGCACAAUCCAUCGGAUGUAAGAGAUCUGAUGAAAUUCGAUCGCCGGCGACGUUAUAACGAUUGAUUUGGAUCCUAAACCGACGAUUUACUUCAUUGUUCAAUGGGCGUUGUAAUUGAGAGCGAAGUUUGGGAAAAUAAUCAGCCUCUGUCCAUUUUCAUAUUCUUAUCAUGCUUACUCUCAGUCGUUUGUUUACCUCACAAUUCAAGCAGGAUUUCCACAGUCUUCGAUCAAUCACUGCCGUCUUCUUUGCUUCGUUUUCAGAGAAAUUUUCUUCUCCUGUUUUGUAUCUCCUCAGUAAUGGAAGGUAUGUGGUCAGUGUUUGGGGAGUACGAGAUGGCAUACUUUGGUGCGAGUAGGGAGCAAAUGGUGUCGUAUCUCAUCAUUGGUUGUGUAUCUGCAUUCUUUGUUGGGACUUGCUUAGGCAUGCUGUCUGACUUAAUAGGUCGAAAGAAAGUUUGCUUGGUGUUUUGCAUCCUGCACCUUCUUGUUGCUGUUUGGAAGAGGCUUUUCUCACAUCCAAGCAUUCUGUUAGCAAGUAUUUGUCUCUCUCUGGCCAGUUCAAUAUUUUUAUUUGGUUUUGAGACAUGGAUGGUGGUUGAGCAUGACAAGCUAGGCCACAGGCUAGAUUCAUUGAAUGAAAUGUUUUGGCUGAUGACCUUUCUUGAGUCUGCAUCUUUAAUUGGUAGCCAAGUACUUGCAAAUUGGUUGGUCAAUAACGACAUUGAGAAAAAUGUGGUUUCUCCUUCCACUUCUACUGCAUUACUGGCACUCAUCAGUAUCGUUUUCAUCACACGAGGAUGGAGAGAGUCUCCACCAUCAACAUUUAAGGAGUAUCGGGUGUCAUUGAGUACACAUAUCUUCUUCGAUAAAAGAAUAUGGUUGUUGAGCUGGGCACAAUGUUGCGUUCAGUUCUCUGUCGCUGCAUUUUGGAUAUUAUGGGCCCCAACCAUAGUGGCUGAUGGUCGAGAAGUUCAUCUUGGCGUCAUAUAUCCUUGUUUGCUGGGAGCUCGAAUGUUAGGAAGUACGAUGUUUCCAUGGUUCAUAAAUGGACCAUUGCCCCUUCGGACUGAGGAUUGCCUUGUAUAUGCAUUCAUUAUAGCAGGCCUUGUUCUGUCCAUGGUAGCUUAUGAUUAUCAGGAAAUCGGAAUUCUUGUAGGACUCUUUUGCUUGUUUCAUGCAUGUAUUGGCUUGGUUUUACCUUCUUUGGCCAGAUUGAGAACUUUGUAUGUGCCAAACGAGCUGCGUGGAGGAAUGAUUAGCCUUUCUCUAGCUCCUGCAAAUGCAGCAAUUCUCUUGUGUCUGAUUCAGAGAGGUUACAAUGGGAGCAUUGCGAAUUCAACAAUCAUAGCAUUUGGUGCAAUUGGGUUGUUAUCUGCAGCUGGUUGCAUGCAUCUCUUGAAGCAAUCUGGCAAACAGUCUCCCCAUCAAAACUUCCACAAACAGUGAAUGCAACCAACUCCAACAACAGAUCCAUUUUUGGUCUCCCUGUUCAUCUGGGAAAGAAAGAUUUAAAGGUUGAAGAUUUAGAUGCCGUUGGAAGUUCAACGUCGGUGCGAUUUGGAUGAAACUAGUUCCGUUCGGUAUCCAAAACACGGGAGUUAAAGUGUAGAGUGAUUAUGGUGUUACUAAACAGUAGCGAAAUUCGUCUUAGUUUUUAACUUUUUAAUUUAGAUUAGUGUAAUGAUGGAAAGAAUUUGUGAGUUGAGUGUAGAAAAGCUUUAAAUAAAUAUACAGCUUUCAGUUCUCUGAUGAAAGACAAACGUCUGAAUAUGUACAAGUCUAUUGGAAUACCCAAGAAGACCCUUU